GGUUGAUGCGAGAAAAUAAAUACGAAUCCAGUUUGAUUAAAUUUGGCAUCCACACUGUGCGAGCGAGCACGGAGGCGUGGGUGGGGCCCACCACCGCCGCGGGCUUGUCGCGGCCGUUGCGGCAGGCGCGCGCCAUCAUUGCGGUGACCGCCCGAUUAAUCGGCGUGGUAAUUUCCACGUGGCGUCGCCUCCUCCCGCUUUAUAUGCUCCAGAACCCACCCAUUCUCGUCUUCACCGUCGUCGCUUCUUGCUCGUCUCCCCUCUCUCCAUUGCUCUCCCUCUCCUGGAGAAGACUUGGCGGCAUGGCCGUGCAUGCGCAGUUCGGGGGCGGCCUCGCCGGGUGCCUGCCGCUCUGCGGCGGCGCCGGAUUGGCCGAGGAGCAGAUGCUGGCGCUCAGGGACUGCGGUGGUGCGCUCCUGCCAGCGGCCACCGCGGGCAACAAGGCGUACCGUUACAACUGCGCGGCCGGCGUUGUCUGCGGCGCGCAGAGCGAGCUGACCUGCAACGGCGGCGGGGUGGCGUUGCCGUCGCGGAAGCGCGGCAGGGAGGAUGCGUUUCUUGAGCCGCACGUGUCCUCCUCCUCGGCCGCGCUGCUGCCGAUCCCGGGGAUGCACCAGGUGGCUGCGGCGCACCACUCGCCGGCGGCGAUCGCGAGCCGGGUGGCGGAAUCCGCGACGGCGUCGACGAGCGGGAGGCCGGCCGCCGGGGGCGCGGCGUCGGCGUCGGUGGCGGACGCGCUGGUGGCGGAGCUGUGCCGGCAGGGCGCGGAGGUGGACGCGCUGGUGCGCGCCGAGUGCGAGCGGCUGCGCGCGGGGCUGGAGCAGGCCCGGAAGCGCCAGCGCCAGGCGGUGGCACGCGCCGCCGCGGCGGGCGCGGUGCGGCUGCUGCGGGCGAAGGAGGCCGAGCUGGACGCCGCGCGGCGGCGCGCGGCCGAGCUCGAGGAGCGGCUGCGGCAGGCGGCCGCCGAGGGCCAGGCGUGGUGCGGCCUGGCGCGCAGCAACGAGGCCGUCGCCGCGGGGCUCCGCGCCGCGCUCGACGCGCUCCUCCUCCGCGGCGGCGACUCGUGCGACCCCGCCCCUGCCGCGGCGGCGGACGACGCGCAGUCUCACUGCGUCGUCGAGGCCGAGGACGCCGCCGCCGCGGCCGCAUCGGCCCCCGCGGCGAGCGGGUGGGCGUGCAGGUCGUGCGGCGGCGGCGAGGCGUCGGUGCUGCUGCUGCCGUGCCGGCACCUGUGCCUGUGCAAGGCGUGCGAGCCCCGGGCGGAGGCCUGCCCCGUCUGCCUGGCGCCCAAGAGCGCGUCCAUCCACGUCGCGGCCAUCUGACCGCGCCGAGGCCGGCAUCCACGGCUCCGGCGAUCUCGCCAGCUAACUACAUCAUCAGUCUGAGUAACCUAGCCGGAUUCAGUUAAACAGUGGUUACUACUAGUUAGGACAGUUCUAUCCCGUUCGUUCUGCUAUUUUGUACUAAAAGCUUGAUGGUGACCGGCGGCAUGCGGCUGCUGCUCUUUAGUUUCUCGAUUAGUCCACGCUGCCGGCCGGUGCCGUUUCGACCCUUCUCGUUAGCUGAAAAAUCCAUUCUACUAAUAUAUAUUAUGCCUGGAAAAUAUAUAAACUUGGUUUUA